GUCACGUGACUCCCUGACGUACAGUGCUCAGCUCUCCGCUGAUGCAGGGGGUUUCCAUCAUGGCGUCGAUGCAGAAACGGUUACAAAAGGAAUUACUAGCCCUGCAAAACGAUCCACCCCCAGGAAUGACACUCAACGAGAAAAGUGUACAAAACACAAUAACACAGUGGAUUGUAGAUAUGGAGGGAGCCCCUGGCACACUUUACGAAGGAGAAAAAUUUCAGCUGCUUUUUAAAUUUAGUAGUCGUUAUCCUUUUGAUUCACCUCAGGUAAUGUUCACAGGGGAGAAUAUACCUGUCCACCCUCAUGUGUAUAGCAACGGUCACAUCUGUCUAUCUAUUCUAACGGAGGAUUGGUCGCCAGCCCUCUCAGUGCAAUCAGUAUGUCUUAGCAUUAUCAGCAUGUUGUCCAGCUGCAAAGAAAAGAGGCGACCCCCAGAUAAUUCCUUUUAUGUUAGAACGUGUAACAAAAAUCCAAAGAAGACAAAAUGGUGGUAUCAUGAUGAUACAUGCUAAUGUACAGAAACUUUGUAAUACAUGUAGAGUAAAGGAGUCCUACUGAACUACAUAAGCACUUUUUAAAUCAUUCAGUCUUUGAACUCUGACCUAUGACUGGCACAGUGGACUACAUGCGCUGGAUGCUUCGGACUGCAUUUUCUAAGGGUGGACGGACGCAUGUUUUGGUCAGUUCUAAUAUAAAGGAACAUGCAUUUAAUCGACCCAGAAUGGACUGGUAGUAAUGCAGAAAGGAAGCAUUCAUAGUAACAUAAUUAUUGUUGUUUUAAGAUUAUUGUUUGUUUUUCGUUUUAUUUGUGUGAGGGUGCAGUCUAAGGUCCUUAUGUUGUGCAAUAAGAACUGAUGGAUGCAUGCUUGGGCCUACAAAUCCAAAUUGUUUUCCUAGAGCGAUUUGACUGACACAAUCCCAAGAUAAUGCUUCAAGUCUAUUUGUUGUUUUAUUUUCUACUCUUUUAUGCACUGUGAAAGUAAAUACAGAAUGGGCACUAUCAGAUCAUUUAUCCUAACUUGCAGAUGCACUGUUGAAGUCCUCCACACGGUUUAAAUAUUACGUUUGAUUUGUCACUAUAGUUCUCAAAUGUUAACAGCAUUAAUUCUCCAUUGGACAGACUGAGGUACAGAUGGGAGUUUGAACUGGUGAUAGAGCUCUUCGUCAGCUAACACAGUCUUACAGUUGGACCGAACGCGUGUAGUGUUCAUAUGUCCAGGCUUCAAGAUGUCCAACGGUGUCUCUCUUCCAUAUUACGAAUGUGUGUAACGAUCAUUGUCACAUGGUCCGUAUUUAAUUGUGUGGAUUUGUUUAUGCUUUAACUCUGUCUGAUUUUUAAUGUCGAUUUUGUAAUGUUUAUUUUUCCAUCUAGCUAAAGAGUUUUUUCAAUGGGUCAGUACAGUUUAUAUUUUUAUUUAAUUUAAGCUUUUGAGAUCAGAAGGGUAGAGGAAAAAGAAGAGUUACCAUGAUAAAGGACAUGUGAUUUCCUGGUCAGAGUUUUUGGCUCAGGUACUUUUUCAAUAUAUAGAUCAACUCUAAAAAAAAAGAUAACCUAUCAGAUAUUUUUAAUUAUAUUUUCACCAAAAGAGACUGUUAUGUUGUAAGAUAAUAACAUGUCUAAAAAUUAUUGUACAGUAUAUACAACUGUUGGAUGAUGUAAACUAAAUUAGCAGAGGAUGCUUUUUUUUUUUUAAUUUAUAGCAGGGUGGUGAUGAUAAUAAUAGGAGUGCUUUAUUUCAGUGAAGUUUUGAUUGCUUAUUAUUAGGACAUGUACAGUCAUCUUGAAACACAAAUUUAAGUAGUUUUUGGUGGGGGUGCAUGCCAUUUUAAACCCUACUUUUUCUUAUUGGCAUUGGACAUUGUGACAGCUAUAUGUCUUUCCAUUUUACGAAUUAUUUAUGGAAUUAAUAUAAACCUCACAUCUGGAGGCUGUGUGGCUCUAGGUCUUUUCGGGCUGUAAUCACUCCAUUCCUAAAGUUUAUCGCCAUCCAGUUUAAAAUACUUGAAUUUGACAUCUUUGUAUUUUGCAUUUUUUUCUAAGGUCUAUUUGAGUUUCAUGAAUGUGUGAAUGUGAUACUGUAGAGAUUAUUACAGCACAUAGCUAUCUCUUAGCAUAACUUUAAAAAGUCAACUAUAACCAAUGAAUAUUUUUAGCUUCAUUGAAACUAUCUGCUGUAAGGAAAGACUUGGGAAUUGUAUACAUGCAGUCAACAGUUUGAGCAGUAGAUUACUUUGAUUUGGGAAUGCUUUGUGUGAAUUUGUUACUGGGGGUUCGAUUGCAUCAUGUUUUUCCUUUUCUUUUCGGUUUAGUUCACGCUGGUUGUUGUGAGUGAUCAACACUAAUGAGGGCGUGUUUUUUUACAUUUUGACAUGUGUUCUGGGAUGUGCAAGCUCCAUGUAAUAGGUGCCUGUUCAUUUUAAUAAUCAAUAAUAAAACAAAGAUUCACUUUUAUUAAA